UGAUAAAUUAAAGGGGGACUGGAAACAAUAAAAAAUCCCUUUGUUCUUAUAAUCAAUCAACGUCGUGACAGAUUGCCUUUAAAACAAAAUUUACGGUAAUUCAGAAGACUGAUCUACUCAACUGGCCAACACAAAACAUAACAAUGGGGUAGACGAGAUAAGACAAGAUGUCAAAGGAAAUUGGAAAGAUGUGAAGAGAUUUCAAGUACGCUCCAGGAUGAGUCGAUUGUUCAUUGCACAGAGACUAUUGUAUUAGGACAAUCGAUUUGAAAUUCUAGUCACCAUCAAUUUAUGAUCAUUUGUUGAAUCGGGGCGAUGCUGCAAAUGCCAAGGAAAAACAAAGUUGUAUGCCUGUGAAUAGUCGGUGAAGUGCAGGUUAACAAGAGGAGCAGUCCACGAUGGAUGCUGUGUUUGAUGUAGUAACUGCUGUGAAGGAGCAUUGGAUUAUUACGUCAUUGAUGCUGGUUAUUGUUCUAGUUUAUUGGCAUUAUGUAGUAAAUUUCACUGCACUUAAGAAGCUCGGCAUUCCAGGGCCUACGCCUUUACCUCUGAUUGGUAACAACAUUACGUUCAUCUGGAAUAGCAAAACGCUGCAUACUUAUCUUUGCGAAGCUGGACAAAAAUAUGGAAACAUUUUUGGGUUAUACUUUUUGAAACUGCCAACGACUGUCGUAACGGAGCCUGAAAUCAUAAAGCACAUCCUGGUUAAAGAUUCUGACAAAUUUCAUGACCGGCCGGAUCUUGGAAUGCAGUUUCCAGAGCCACUAAAAAGCAUGGUUGCCGAGGUCAGAGGCCAAAGGUGGAAGGACAUUCACAGUAUUCUGACUCCUGCGUUCUCCUCUGGCAAACUCAGAGGCAUGAUGUACAUUAUGAACGAAGCUGGGGAUACUCUUCUAAAGAAAAUAGAAAAAGCAGCAGAAGAAAAACAGGCUGUCGAUAUUCACGAAUGGCAGCAGUCAGUGACGAUCGAAGUGAUUCUCUCUGCCGCUUUUGGGACCCUUACUGAUGCACAGACAAACCCUGACCGCAAAAUCACCAGAUGUGCCAAGGAAGCACUGGAUCCGAAACCAUGGCCUAAUAUUGCUGUAAUGUUGCCUUUUUUUGGGAGGAAAUUAGCUGAGGCAAUCAUUUUGUCUCGCUUUGGAUUCAACUGGGUUCCAAUAAUUAAUAUUGCAAAGGAGAUACUCAAGCAAAGACGACAAAUUGGAGGAGUUGCAAGAAAUGACUUGCUGCAAAACAUGCUGAAAUCCCAGCACCCCGAGAAAAAAGGUCAUCAGCUUACAGAGAAUGAGCUUAUUGCCCAAAUGAUUCUAUUCCUGCUAGCUGGGUACGACACUUCAAGCAAUGUUCUUUGCCUUACUUGCUAUCACCUUGCUCUAUACCCAGAAGUCCAAGAUAAAGUGUACGAGGAGGUCAUGCGUAUUUGUGAGUCAAAAGACACGACUACAUAUGACGAAAUUAAAGAAAUGGUUUAUUUGGAAGCAUGCAUUUCAGAAACAUUGCGUCUUUACCCGCCAAUUUUCCUGUUAUCCCGCUCCAUCGACGAAUCCUGUGUUAUAAACGGUGUCCAAUUCAAAAAAGGUAUGGGCGUCCUCAUACCCAUUUACAACAUGCACCGGAACGAAAAAUACUGGCCCGAGCCGAACGCUUUUAAGCCAGAGAGAUUUCUUCCAGAGAAUAAAGAAUCUAUUAACCAAUUCGCCUAUAUGCCAUUUGGAAAGGGUCACCGAAGCUGCAUUGGGAAGCGAUUAGCACAGAUGGAGAUAAGGACUAUCCUUGUCAGAAUGCUGCAGAAGUUUCGCAUUGUGUGUGGUCCUGAGACACCAGUGCCUUUGAAGAUCCAACCAAGAGCCAGCCAAAUUCUAUCACCCGCUGAACCAGUGUGGAUACGAUUUGAGAAAAGAGAUUAGACUUCAACACGUUGGUUUUUUCAAGCAGUAAGCAGUUAAAUUACCGGAAAAGUUUUCAAUUUGUUUAACUUUUAUUUCGAGAAAGACAAUUUUGUAAAGCGACCAAUUCAGAGUCCUCCCGUAUUGGAGGUUUAAGGUCCCUAAUUUUUUGUCUUAAAAUAAAUAUGUCAAGGAAAUGACCGGUGUUGUGGCUGCAUUA